AUGUCAAGGAUAGGGCGUUUUAAUUUAAUUGUCUUGGCUGGUUCUCCAAAACCUAGUGCAAGUAUUGGGCAAACCCUCGGUCCUUUAGGCAUAAAUAUGAUGACAUUCUUCAAAGAAUUUAAUGAACGAACAAAAAGCAUAUCAAAAAAUGUCCCGAUUCAAGUUACAUUAGAGCCCCUAAAUGAUAGGACGUAUCGAUUUUAUUUACGAACCCCCACAGUUGUUUGGUUUAUCAGAAAGUGUGCAAGAGUUCCCAUGUUUAGUUAUGCCGCCAAACAUAAAAUUGUUGGGGCUAUAACAUUAUCGGAAGUUUUCCACAUUGCCAAAUGCAAACGCAUGGAUCCCCCCCUGAUCAAUAUGUCAAUUAAAAGUAUAUGCAAAUACAUUAUCGGUACAUGCCAAAGCAUGGGGAUAAAAGUGUGUCGAGAACUGACUGAUGAAGAAAAGAAAAAAUAUUUCGUUGAUGUUAAUCAGUUAGAUAAUAUUAAGAAAGAAAUUCGAACAAAAAAUAAGUUUCAGAAAAGGUCAAAGAAAUAA